AGGCGGGAGUGAAGUCUCGCGAGAAGAGGCGGUUUCGUAGCGGAGCCCUCUGGCUGAGAGUGUCUGAGGAUCCGCCGCCGGAUCCGCGGACGGUUUACUGAGCCCGUUAGUGCCGCCGUCGAGACUCACGUCGCCGUCAUGUCCCGCUACCUGCGCCCCCCCAACACGUCUCUCUUCGUAAGGAACGUGGCCGAUGACACCAGGUCUGAAGAUUUACGACGAGAAUUUGGUCGUUAUGGUCCUAUAGUUGAUGUGUAUGUUCCACUUGAUUUCUACACGCGCCGUCCAAGAGGAUUUGCUUAUGUUCAAUUUGAGGAUGUCCGCGAUGCCGAAGACGCUUUACAUAAUUUGGACAGAAAAUGGAUUUGUGGACGCCAAAUUGAAAUACAGUUUGCACAGGGGGAUCGGAAAACUCCAAAUCAGAUGAAAGCCAAAGAAGGGAGAAAUGUGUACAGUUCUUCACGCUAUGAUGAUUAUGACAGAUACAGACGUUCUAGAAGCCGGAGUUACGAAAGAAGAAGAUCAAGAAGCCGGUCCUUUGAUUACAACUAUAGGAGAUCUUAUAGUCCUAGAAACAGUAGACCGGCUGGAAGACCACGGCGUAGCAGAAGCCAUUCCGACAAUGAUAGAUUCAAACACCGAAAUCGAUCUUUUUCAAGAUCUAAAUCCAAUUCAAGAUCACGGUCCAAGUCCCAGCCCAAGAAAGAAAUGAAGGCUAAAUCACGUUCUAGACCAAACUGCAGCUGGAAUACCCAGUACAGUUCUGCUUACUACACUUCAAGAAAGAUCUGAGAAAGCGGAAAAAGAACCAAAGAAGGGCAGUUCAAGCGACCAAAGGGUGGGUGGAAGGUGCUGCAGUAUGAAUACUGUACGAAUAUUUUGACUCUGGUCUGAAAAGAUAAAAGAAUGUUAUCGAAACUACAUGGAAUAAUUGAAGUCCCUUCAAGUUUGAAAGUAAGCAUUUUAGGACAAAUAAAAGGAAAUUCAACUUUGUACUUGUGGAAACUAAUCCCUAAAUCUGAAUAGGUUUAUAUUGAUACAUGGGUAACAGGUCCAUAAUAAAUGAUUGGAAACUAGGAUGUCUGAAUAUCAAGGAAGACAGCCAUAGUCUCUUACAGUGCCUCUAUUGGUCUGUCUCAAACUGAAUCGGGUGAGAAAAGGUAUGGUCCAAUAUAAACUUUUUCUUGGUUAUCUCUUAAAGUCAGUUCCAUAUUUCCUAUUGGCAAAUCUUGCCUUUGUUUAUUCCAGUGCCAGUGUUUUUCUGCUUAAAUGAUUUGCUUUGUUGGCAUCUAAGUUUAUUUACUUGUAUGCCAUGUACAGUUUACAUCUUCCUUACACUCUUCCCCAGGUAAAUUCCAAUUAUAAUACUUGACAUCUAGCUAAGAGGGUCCAUCUCUUCUCACCUCUGUCCUAAGUCAGUAUAUUCAGCAAACAUUUAUUUACUGCCCUUCCUGUGGGCAAAAAUUGUACUGGGUAAUUGGGGAGAAAAUUCACUUAUUUAAUAAAUGUCUACUGAGCACAAUCUAGUGAAUCAUUACAGUAUGGCCUCAUUGUUUUGAGGUGUAUUCAUAACUAUUUUACACCAUUCAUAUCUUAAUGUAAUUAUAAAACCCAGAAUACUAUCAAAGAUAAUUUUGUGGUUAUCUGCCAUUUAAAAGUAUCCAGUAUUUGUUUGCAUCCCAUUAAUACAAAUAAUGAAGAAAUGAUGUUUUAAUCUGUAAUAAACUGAUUUAUUGUGCAGUGACUGUAAUAUACUAGAGUUAUAUUAAAUUGUUAACUCUGCCUCCUCAAACACAUCUUAGGAAAUAAUCCCCAAAAUAAGUAUUUAACUUUGCAUUAGAUAUAAAGGAGACUCUGGGUGCUAUAAUUAGAUUAUUUUGAGGCAGACAGAGAGCUGUUAUCCCAACUGAUUUAGUAUGUUCUGUAAUUGAGAAAAUGUUCACCAGAUUAUACUUUUUAGUGAUUUACAUGUACAUUUUAUAGGGGACAUGUUCUGUGUAUAGUGAAUAAAUAACUUUUAUAGUAUCACAAAAA